UGAAUAAAACACAUGAUCAUGUUCUGGUAUCUUUUGGGAAAAGCUGUGUUGUUAUCGCCAUCGCAGGGGUUUUGCCUAGCUACUGGUUUGUUCAGUAAAAUAUUAGAAAUUGCAAAGAUUCAAGAAUUUGUUACUGUAAUUGCUUGCUCAAAAUCCAAACUGAAAAGCAGCUGUAAUUUGGGGUUCAGUUUGUUUCUAGGUUUUUUUGUCCACUUCAAUCACUUAGGCAGCAGAAGCAAUGCCAUAUGGCUUGGGCACCCAGUUGUGCACGUACCACUAGCACAGAGGCAACAGUGCGGCAAAUUGUUCCAAGAAUAAUUACUCAGCUGAAAGUUGCUUCUUUGAGCUGUUUGGAAAAUAUUUGCUAACAAUCAGUUUCUGCAUAAAAGUCAGUACUGCUUUGUAGAUAGCAAAAUGAGCUAUAUUUGUCAAUUAAAUGAUUCACAAACAUUUCAGCCAAAGCUUGUUUUUUUUAAACAAAGAAAAUAUCUGUGUCAGGAGAUAUUGUUCUGCGUUAAAACUCAAGAGCUUUAUCAGGCAUUACCUGAACCAGCAGCUAAGUUAAAACUUCGCAAAGCAUCUUAUCUCCUGAAAUAUUCAGAAUUAAAUAGGUGUUGAGAGAAACAAAGAAAGAGAUUUUUAAAACAAAAUGAGGAAAUCAUCAGUAGGGGUUCUGAAGUCUGGUUGCCUCUCUUCCUUCAAUAGCAAUCUAGGUACCCUUUUUCUGUACAAGUGGCACACGAGGGCUUCCCAUCCAUAAGAACAAAGCCUAGGUGAGAAAUGGGAAUUGCUUUGUUAGAGUGGGAUGGUUGCAGUGUCAGGCUGUGCAGACUCCUUGGACGUUGGAGGAAGGAAUAAGCACGGCACUGCAUGUGUAUUAUUUUGCUCUUGCUGUGUUCUCCAGAAACCACGAGGCUGGCAUUUGUGUUUAUCAUAGAAAUAUAAUCAAGAGGAUCAGUUCUAGCAAAUUGAAGUAACUUGGAAGGAGGUUAAGCACCGCUGUGUGCUGGCCUGUUGGCACUUUUCCAUCUGCCCACUGCAGAGGAGAGCUGUGGGCAAGGGACCCCUCAGCCUGACCCAGCGCACGGCCACUCGGGUGCCACGCAGGGAACGGCUGUGUUACCCUCUGCCCUAUAGCUGCUUUACAGUCUCCAUGCAGGGAGGAAUGGCAACGCAUGUGGUGUGGUGGGUGCCUCAUGAAAUCGAGUUGAGUGUAGUACAGAGAGCUAUAUCUUAUUUGAUUGGAUAAUGCGAUAUUUUUUCUAUAUUUAAGUAUAGGUAUACUUAAUGUAUUGACCAUACUGGUCUGGACUUUACUGCUUUCUCACACACCUCUCCUCCCCUCAAAAGAAGGCCCAUUUUGCAGUCAUGCAUAAAAUGUCCUGCCAAAUUGUUCACAUAGUAGUAUCUCGUCGAAGCGUGUUUCUUAUGGAAUUGCAUGUCUUGUGUCCUGUGUCUCUUCAGUAUUCUCCUCCAAGUAUCCUUCUAGCCUGGUCCUGCUUAAUUCAUGAGGUCUAAUGAGAUCACAGUCCAGGGUGAAAGUACUAUGGGCAAGCUACCUGCACAAGUCAAAUGUAUGCUAAUCAUAAUGUAUUCAAGUGUCCUGCAAAACCAUAACUACCAAAUAACAGGGCCAGUAGCUAUAUUCAUCAGGAAUGAAAUGUGAGUCUCUGUGAAGCACAGGAGUUUGAAUCUCACCACCUGUGACAGAUGGUGUGUGUUAUGGGACAUGACAGAACUAACAGCAAAGAUAGGUGCCUGACACCAGCAACUGCCUCCUCUCCCACUGCUUUGGUUUGGUGGCCUCAUUAGUCAGGCCGUGUUGUUAGGAUAUAAGACCUGUAGACAAUAAAGGCUGUAAGUCAGUACAGCUGUGUAGCCAGCCACGUGGUUAUGGAUGACGAGGAUAUUCCCUGUAUGGCCAUGAAGAUUAAUGCAGAGUUGGUCUGUGUUAUUCAGUCCGCAUGCAAGGAAUGGUUGGUCCCUUGGGACUUGUUUUGGUCAUGAUUAGUGCCACAUUGCCUUUACAGUUGAAAUGCCCUGUGUGCUAUGACACAUAUGGAAACUGCAUCAUCUCUCUGGAAGGCAGAAGCAACUGAUGACAUUUGCUGUCUUCUGCUGUCUUGGAGCAAGCAGUAGCUGUAAAUUCUUCCAGUGCAGCUUUGUGCAGCUGGCACUUUCUUUCCCCCAUCCCUUUAAGCAAGAACACUGGCAAGCUGCCUGCCCUCCCCCGAGAGCCUCAUCCUCCAGGUUUGUUUGCACACUGCUUGCCAAACGCCUAAAAAAAGGAACCAAUCAGAGUGAGUUUGCUUAAUGCAUUAAUGAAUCUGCUUAGGUGUCAUCAAGUCUAAUUUCUUACUGAGCUGUGACAGUUUAAUGCCUUGGGGCUGAGUUGCUGAGGAGAAGGGUGAUGGAUGGCCAGAGGAGCGCUGAAACCUGAGGACUUGACCAUGCCAUGUUCCCCAGCCCAGAGUUAAACUUCCCUGGGUACUAACGGAAGCAUGUAAACAAAAACACAGACGAAGCACAGGAGAGUGAGGAAGCCGCUGUUACGUCGCUGCCUGUUUGAGACAGGCUGUUACCUGCCUGUGAGUCUGGGUACCCUCCAGCUUGUGGUAUGCACUUUGCCAAGUUAUUAUCAGGGACUGAUGGAAGCUGAAAGUGUCUUUCAGGACCUCUUCAAAGCUGAUGGCAGGUUUUGAGGUUGUGUGCUCUCUGCUUGUAAUCUUUGUGAGCCCUUCCAAUCAGAAAUGCAGUCCUGAAGCCUCACACCCACACCCCAAAUUGUGUCGUCAGAUCUUCGGCUUGGAAGAUGAAUGCUGACCCCGUCCCGGUUGUUACCCUGCCACAGAGAGUUGUUGCUAGAUGAAGAGAAGCUGUGUUUUGCUGGUCUCAAUGCAGUUUACUUACUCAGAAGUCCCAAGUGAGGUCUGGAGUGCUUUCGCCUUCCCCAGUGUCCCAGUGUAUUUUAACAGUACUUGAGUCACCUCCUGAAGAGCUGUGAAGUGCCACUUGAGGCAAUGCAAACUGCUCUGGGCUCAUCAGAGGGAAGUUGAAAUGGCUGGUAUGGACUUAACACUGAUCUGAGAGGGGCUUCAAACUCACACUGCCCAGCUGAGCAAUUUGCCAUGCAGAGAUGUCAUCAAAUCCUGCAGCAAGGCCAGUGAAUGAAUCAUCAGCAGAGCAAGCCCUGCCUCUGCAUUCUUCCACUUGUCAUGCUGUUCCUUGGCUUCGCUCACUUUCAGACGUCGGAAGUGAUGGCAGUUGGGAAACGUGGUGUUUUCUCUCAGCUAAAUACCACACCUCAAUUGCUGUCUACUGUGGGAGCGUUCCCCAAUUCAAACCCAGACACAAGGCUCUGCGAGGCGGAAGCAUUGAUUCAAACUUGCAGUUUCGUGGCAGCAGUUGGACCACUGAAGAAGGAGCUUCUUUUCAGUCCAUAUUAACAAUCGAGAUGAAGAAGCAGCAGAGGUUCUUGAAUGAGGAUGGGGAUGGCGAUGGGAGGAAACCAAAUGCCAUCCCUCCCCUGGAUGACUGGGCCAGUGAGGCUGAUGUGCAAGACUUCAGCACUGGGCAAGGAGGUGACCACCCCCACCUUUCUCACCAAGCCUUGACCCAGGACCCCCAAGAGAGGGAGGCAAGCAGCGCUGACUCGGGUACCAUCCAGAUCAAAGACAAGCUGAAGACGAAGAGGAUGUCUGAGGGCCUGUCAGCCUCAUACAGAGAGGUCCAGACUUUGGAACCCAUUUUGCCUGCUCUCCAGCAUCGCGUUGCUCGUGACGUGAAGUCUGCCAGACGUUUGCGUGAACCUGUGGCCCCAUUGCCAAACCUCCCACCCAGACAGGCCAAGGAGACAAGCCACCGUGUGAGGCCUCGCCUUCUGAGUGUCGAUGACUUCAAGAUCAGCAAUGAAAAGAUCCGCGUUGUCUUGUGCAAGUCACCUCAGGAGAAAAUAGACCAACAGCAAAUGAGAGCCAUGGGCUACCAGCUUUUGCAGGAGUAUAUUAUGGGAGACAGUGUCAAAGGCCUUGCUGAAGUCCAGAUAGACCACAUCCACAGCUUUCCCCUCAUCCACCAGUUGUACAAGGCAAUGCAGUCCAGUGUCAUUGACUGAGCUGGGAAGAAAACGAAGGUCUGUGUCUGGCUUGGCUGUUGACCUGCUCCAUGAUCCUGAGCAAGGCUUUUGAUCUUAAUUUCCUCAGCCUUGAAGAACAUUAGGACCUUGUUGAAGAAUAUGUGGUGUUGUAGCACCCAAAUUAUAAACAUUUGGCUGCAAAGUCUGUUGGAAAUGUUUGAGUGCUCACAUGUAGUUUUGAAAUGACACCCUAGUGAGACCCUAGAUAGGAGUUAUUUCCUUUCACAGAAAUCAUAGUCAGGAGGUGCUAUAAACCACUCCUUUGUAUCUGCUAAGUCUGCCUGAGUUUUUGGUUGGCCAGCUAGCAAUGUCAUUGGGGAUUUUCACACCACUUCCACGAGUUCCAACCUCACUGUCUGUUGACUGUUUUGAGGGCUUAGAUUCCCUACAUAGAUCCCCCAAGUUGAAUGAUAUCCUAAUCUUGUGUCAGUUCUUGCCUUCAAGUCAAAUUAUGAAGCCAAAAUAGUGGGCAUUUUUUAAAACAUUGACCUGAAUAAUUAAUCCAAAAUCAUAUCAAAUCCCAGCUGGAGACGAAAGAGUAGCAAACGUGAAAGCCAACAAGAAGGUACUCCAGUAGUACAAGGAAGUUCAGUGGAAGUAUUUGUCCACUGGUAAAAGGAAAAGGCAAAAGUGAUGGAUUUUGUUUUAACCUGAGUACAAAGCCUGGUCCGAGACCUAUGUGCGUGUGAGUGCAGCUUGGAAAUGAGAAGUGAGGCCAACAUCAGAGAAGCAACAAGUCAGGGACGGCCUUACAGAAGGUGCAUGUAUUCAAAUCCAUAGAGCUGGAUGGACCCAAGCGUCCUGAAAAAGCAGGCUGAUGUGCUUGUGGGGCUGUCUAUGAUGUCUAUGACAACUUACGGUAAUUGGAAAGGAGGCCAGCAAAUUCACAAUGACUGAAAAUAACAAGUGUUAUGGCAGAUUUUUGGAAAGGCAAGAAAGUGGAGGACCUGGGGAACUCAUCAACCCCAUUCCUGUCUGCAGAAAGGGCACGGUGCACAUCAUCUUAGAAUCUGUUGGACUAGAUGACUUCCAACCAACAUUUUUAUGAUUCUCUUGUCUGCAAAUGGAACCCUGAUCUCUGAUUUUUGUCUCUUCAUUUCAGCUAAAGCUCUGUUUUUUUUUAUCCCCAGCUGUGUGUUCCUAAAUGUUAUACACUCAUGAUGAGCCUCAAAUUGAUGCUGUUUGGAGUAAAAAUACCUGUGAACUUUCAGAAAAGUUGGAUCAGGUCUGAAGCUACACAUUGCAGAUUAGGUGGUUUGUAUUUCAACUUCAUUAUCCUUAGUAAACCAGUAUUCAAAAGGGAUUUUCUUUAUUUCUGUGAGAUCAUUGAGUCUGAGUUUGUCCAGUAUCUUGGAAGAGAAUAAAUGCAGCAAAUUUAAUAUCUUGCAGGGGUCAGAAAAGACUGAUCUCUUUUCACUUUAUGAUGCUGUAACAAUUAUUUAUUGUAUUACAGCACUGCUGGGUUUUAUCUCUUUCCCAAGCAUUGCGUAGCAACUGUGUGCUGGAGGCAGAUCACAGAACUAGUGAGAUCAGUAGACUGACACAUCUUAUGUUCAGGUGAUAUGCAACUAGGAAACAUACUGCAUUAAGAAUAUUAAGAUUUAUUUUGCCUAUUACAUGUUACAGUUUCAUAUCGUUAAAUGUUUCAAUCUAUACUUAAAUGCUAGUGGCUGUGAAAUCACAGUAUCACAGUAUGAUUGGGAUUGGAAGGGAUCUCAAAAGGUCAUCUAAUCCAAUCCCCCUGCUGGAGCAGGAACGCCCAGGUGAGGUCGCACAGGAACAUGUCCAGGUGGGUUUUGAAUGUCUCCAGAGAAGGAGACGCCACAACCUCCCUGGGCAGCCUGUUCCAGUGUCUGUCACCCUUACUGAGAAGAAGUUUUUUCUCAAAUUGAAGUGGAACCUCUUGUGUUCCAGCUUGAUCCCAUUACCCCUUGUCCUAUCAUUGUUUGCCACCGAGAAGAGCCUGGGUCCAUCCUCAUGGCACUCACCCUUUAUAUAUGUAUAAACAUUAAUAAGGUCCCCCCCUUAGUCUUCUCUUCUCCAAACUAAAGAGACCCAGCUCCCUCAGCCUUUCUUCAUAAGGGAGCUGCUCCACUCCCUUAAUCAUCUUUGUUGCCCUGCGCUGGACUCUCUCCAGCAGUUCCCUGUCCUUCUGGAAAUGAGGGGCCCAGAACUGGACACAAUAUUUCAGAUGUGGUCUCACCAGGGCGGAGUAGAGGGGAAGGAGGACCUCUCUCGAUCUACUAACCACCCGCCUUGUAAUAGACCCCGGGAUGCCAUUGGCCUUUCUGGCCACAAGGGCACAGUGCUGGCUCAUGGUCAUCCUGCUGUCCACCAGGACCCCCAGGUCCCUUUCCCCUACACUGCUCUCUAGUCUGUAGUUUCCCAACCUAUACUGGAACCUGGGGUUGUUCCUGCCCAGAUGCAGGACUCUAAACUUUCCCUUGUUAAAUUUCAUCAGGUUAUUCCCCGCCCAACUCUCCAGCCUGUCCAGGUCCCGCUGGAUGGCAGCACAGCCUUCUGGCGUGUCAGCCACUCCUCCCAGCUUAGUGUUAUCAGCAAACUUGCUGAUAGUACACUCUAUUCCCUCGUCUAAAUCGUUAAUGAAUAUAUUGAAUAAUAUUGGCCCCAGUACUGACCCCUGAGGCACUCCACUAGAUACUGGCCACAGCUGUGAGCGCCACAUCCCCAUGCACAGAUGCCGACCCCUGCUCUUGCAGCAGAUGCCAUAAGAGACAAACCACCAUACCCUGGUCUGUCUUUCUCCUUCAAGUUCAUUAAGCAUACAAGGCUUCCUCUGCCUUGCCAUUCAUUCAGCUGACAGAGGGAAAUUUCAAAACAUGUCCCCAAACCAGAUGUUGCACUCCUAAACCUCCUCGUUCUGGCCAUGUUUGCAUCUGGUCUCAAGUUCACAAGGUAUUCCCAACCAGCUGUCAGUCUCCUUUCCUUCAUUCCUUCCCUUGCUCUACCUCUCCUCUAUGAAUAUGACAAUGCCUAUUUUUUUGUCUGUGUGGGGGUUUUGUCUGUUACUAGCAGCUCCAAGCACUAGUCACAGGAGGGAGGAGAGGCAGAGGCAAACCUGCAAUAGCGUCACUCUUUUACAGGUAAAACAUUUUGAAAAUCAGCUCUACCAUGCUCCCAAACUCAAGGAUAGAGUCCUCCAGUUUUUCCAUGCCCAAUUAAAACAUCAAUUUGCUGAGAAGCAGAUUGUUACAGAGAGGAGCUUGUACAAGCAACAUGUUUCUCAUUAGGCAGCUGAGCGCCCUCUGCCACCCCCUCCAUUUUAGAAGAAACACCAAAAAAAGGGGGUGACUUCUAUCUCACUUGCUAGCUGGUGUUGCCAGGCAUUAAAUGUCAGUGCUAUACGCAGAUUUGCAUGUCUCCUGCACACUCGCUGCUCCCCUAGAAGGCAAAAAGCACUUCUUUCCCAAGAUUGUCUCCAGCCCAUCCUGUUCUCUAAGGAGUAUCAGGACUUAAGACAGCAUUAGCCCUAACUAAGGCGGGAGCUAUAGCUUUUGUGUCUAGUCUUAGGGUACUUGAUGAGAGUUUCAGUGCUCAAGCCAGUACAACUGGUUCCCACACGGACAGCCAGUAGAUGGACAGACUGAGCUGACUUUGCUGGUUUCUAAGCUUGGUUGUUUGACAGCAAUCAGCAGCUAUUGGCAUCUUAUCAAGGCAUAACAUGUACAAUCGCUCUGCUCACAGAAAUCUUGCUGAUCUGUAAUAGGAUUUCUGUGUGUGCAGUUAAACAAAAUAAUAUUUUAUUACGAUUGCUAAUCUCCCAAGAGGUAGAACAAAGAUAAAAGAUUAAAUGCCUUUAAGAUAUUGUUCAAGGAGGGUGUGAGGAUGGAUUGUGUUGACUGAAUCAGGCCCAAAGCAAGUAGCCCAAGUGAGACCUUCUGCAACUGGGUGAUAUUUGAGUCUGGAUUAUUUUCAUGACUGGUCACAUAUCAGAAAUCUCUUCCUCAGUUCAAAUAAUUGAACUCCUAGCAGUCAGAAUAGGAACACAACAGCUUGUCUGCAGUUGAAAGCUAAUUCAGUUUAGCAGUUUAUAUACUUAAAACACAAUGAUUCCCAGAGCUUAAACCAGUUUAAUUAGUUACAGCAACACAGGGCACAUUUCAGCAUGAAGGCCCAGGGCAUGAGACAUUCAUGACCAGCUCCACUGCUAUAAUCAAUUUUGAUUCAUAAAGUCCCUGUGACCCUAAAGAUUGCCAGUGUGACUUCAGGAACACUGUUUACACUUUCCAUGUCUCAGUUCUCCUGACUGCAGUGUGAUGGAUUUAUACCACCAGAGCACACAUCCCACAGUCAUGCUGGCAUACUCAGAAAUCACUGUAACCUCACUCAACAGACGUGUAACACAGGUAAGACCUUUCCUCCAGCAGGGUGUGGAACAAGACUUUUUGUGCAAAUCUGUGUCUAUCUGUAAGUAAGCCCAGAUUCAUACUGAUCCCCGGUCCAACAUAUGAAAUGUUUGCUUCCCGAUAGACAUUUGGGAGGGAACAGUAUAGUGCAUACACACAGGAGAUAGGGAAUUACAUGGUAUCGUGCAGCAUCUGUGCUUUGAGGGUUAAUGUGGUCUAAUCAGUGCUGGUUUAAAAAGUCACAAUUCAUUAGCCUCUUAACUUAAGCAUCUUUCCUUCUGCAGCUUGGAGGAGAGCCCUAGAAAAGCAGGCGACUCUUGGAACAGCCCUGGCGUCCCCGAAAUCAAAGAGUCCAACAGAUUCGCGUCCCACCCCGAGCUCUACAUCGUGGGCCAGGGGCUGCAGAGGGACUGACAGCAGAAGCACCUGCAAAGAAUCAAGGCCAGAGGCCCCAGGGGGCCUUAACCAAACCUCCAAAGCCUGGCUCCGUUGUUUUUUUAGGAAACAAUAUGACGACAUCACAUUGAAAAACCCAGACUGGUCCCAACAAUCUAGUGAAAUAUCAGUAGAGGGGUAGCCAGCUGCUUCUCCUUUGGAUUGCAUUUCGUGGUGCAACUCAAAGAUUUACACUGAGCAAAAGAAAUACUUCACAGUUGGUCAAGUAUUGAAGCAAAUUGAAGCAAAUUGAUUUGAUAAAGACAGUACCCAUAGACAAGUCCUUUGUUUCACUGUUUGGCUAAAGGAGUUCAAAAACUUUCAGAAAUUGUCAAUAUUUGACAUUUUAUUUAUUCAGGAGGCAUCAAAGUUUCAGUUAUGUAAAAAGUGGCUGUUGUGACAUUUCCAGGGGGGAGGUAAAAUCCUGAACCAAUUGAUUUUGUUGCAAAAACAUCAAUGGCUUCAGCAAAGCCACAUCUUUACACUGGUAUUUAUCAACAUGCAGAAAGAGAAUAAGGUCAAUACAAGUUAAAACAAAAUAACCUCUUUUAAAGGAGUAAAAUUAGGGACCUUAUUCCCUCAAAAAGGCUUUGAUCUUCUAAAUCACCCUUGAUCAUCAUAUAAUCUCAUCACCCCUAGUUUCCAGGGUACAAGGCUUAAUCCUGAUUAGAGUAGUUUUGUAAUAGCCCAAUCAAACAACAUUAUGAAUCCUGAGGCACCUGAGGACGUGUAUUUUUUCUUUUUUUUUUUUAAGAGAAGAGAAUGCUAGCAUAGAGAACCCUGCUCUCCCUGAAACAGGUUUAUAUUCUUUCUGAUUUAUGCCGUUUGAGGGGAUUUAUUGUCACUUCAGUGAAGAGUCUAGACAGAUGUUUGUUAAUAAAAACACAAGUUCUUUACAGUCAAUUAAUCCCAGGCUUUUACAGUGGAACACAGUUUCAGAAUUUACUGGAUCUUGCUCACCUCAUUUAUCAUCACAAUUAAGAUGCAAAUUUGAAUUAAUGUAAUUUUAAUUGUUUUAAUUUGAUGUGUUUUUAUAUGCAACUUCAGUACAGAAUGAGAUCCAGGAAAAAAAAAAAAGCCAUUUGUGGUCCUAUUUUGAUAGGAAUAGUUUAAAUUUUUCUUAUGGUUUUCAUGAUAGUGGCAUCUGGGCACUCCGCCUUCACACAGGAUUUUUAACCUUUCCUGCCACCUUCAUGGUGGGAAAACUGAGACUCGUAUUGUGCUGUACAAGGGACCCCUUUGGAUACUGAACUCCUGAGGUUUUAGUCUGGUGCCUUAGUCACAAUCCUUCUUCAAUUGUUUCAGUGCCAUCUUCUGACACAGACACAAAGAAACUUAAUUGUCAUAUUUAAGGUAAGGUAUAGAACAGAAAGAAGCAACUCCCGGUGAACAGAUGCUUUGGAUUGUCAGGGCUUUGUGAGCUUGAGGUGGCAAGGCAGCCUUACCCACAGUGUACAGGCAGGAGAUGCCAACAGAUCCACCUUGCAGUCACACAGGCAGAUGCACCGUCCCCUGUUGAACUGGGAAAUCACUGCGGGUACCGCAAAGAUCAACAGCAGGGCAAACUGCAGGCUGGCCUUCCCCCUCUUCAGAAGUGUAGCUCUCUCCCAGAUACACAGAGAUACAAAUACAUUUGCAUGCACUUUGAGUGUGUCUGUUCUGCUGGCAGGAACCACCCAGAAUAGACCCAAACCAGGAACAUGACAGCAGAAAGCCAGCGCUUUGCAUGCCUAAAUGUAGCUCUGAAGAUGAAAAUGCGACAGAGUGGGCGGACAACUUCUGCUCAGCUGCUACAAUCAUUUUAUCUCUUUAUAGUUUCAUGCUGAAAUGUCCCAGCACCCAUGAUGGGUGAUGAGAGAAAGUAUUCAUUUAUAUACCCGAAGCACCAAAAUCUGUGGUACAAGAGCUACAGCAGCACAUGGAGCAACACUUCAAUUCAGCAAUCAGGCUGGAAACCUCCUCUCACAUGUGCCAGCUAGACAUGGAGUCAGCCAAAGCAUCUUCCCCCAAGACCCAGGCUCCCCUGAAAACCUGGCACACGAGCUCUCGUCCUACCGCAGCAUCUCUCCCAGCUUUGACUAAGCCCGUGGUCGUCAGGAGGCUCAUUGCAAACACAACCCCACCUGAACGCUGCAGCUGCUGAAGGGUUCGGAUGCUGCUCUAAGGACGCUGCAGAAAACGGAGCAUUAUAUUCAAGAAACAGAGCUUCUCCAGGAGUGAUCUACAAGUUUAUAAUAUGAAUUUAUGACUACAUACAGGUAACAGAUUCUCUUCAGUACAGUUAAUGUACAGGACUAUUGCAAAUAAAGUGUUUACCUUCAAUUUGUAUCGCAAGCAUGAGAUUAAGUAACUAUAGUAUGCAGGAAAUGAUAGUUUGGGUGGCCACUUUAAAAAAAAAUGUUUAUACAGUUUUUUUGGGCAAUACUUUCAUUUUUCAUUAAUGCAAUUUUUCUGGAAUACAAUUGUUUUAUAAGACCAUACUCAAAUUUAAGAUAUAUUUUUUACUGAUGUAAAUAAAUCAAAGUUUUUAUAUGCAAGGUAUGAAUUGAGCUCUCUUACAUUCUGUAUGCAAACGGCGUAAAUCUUACCCCAAUGUUAUACCACUGAUUUCUUCCUUAGUGCACUAACUAGUGCCCUGUGCUAUAAAAAGUCUAUUUGCUUCCUCCUCACCACAGU